AUGACGUACGCCCGACUGGUUUUGGCAAUGUUCUUCAUCGCGUGCAGUGCGUAUAAUAUUAAGCCUCUCGCGUCUGACUUCCAAACGAAAACGAUGCACCUACGGUCGGCGUUUUGCGUAUGCCGUGACCGUAUUGAUUUUUUUGCCCGCCACAAGUGGCGAAUGACGUUCAAAAGUCCGUACCACCCACAGAACCGCGGUCGAAGCGCACCGGGAGGUUUUAAACUCAACAGUGACCAAAGAAGACUGACAGACGGACGAAUGAUACCGGACAGCUGCUGA